AAUUCCGUUGGAUAGAAUUGAUCUGUAAAAAUGGGUCAAGUUCGAGGAGGUAGUAAAAAGUCAACCAUUUUGGGCGAUUUUGCCUGGCACCCAGCAGGAUGUUGCAUGCGUAGGCCUAGGUUACCAUGGAAUAUUGACUGAUACAUAUUGACCACGUUGCUACUCGAACUUGCCUGUAGUUUGCAAUCAACAAAACUGACAUCAAAACAACAACUAAAAAACUAAAUCUGCACUAAACACACAGAACUUGAACUCGGCCGAACUAUGAAGGAGCUAAGUCUGAAGUUCAAUUUUUAGUCCGACUUAAUUUUGUUGAUCUCAUUUUUGUCACAGCCGUGAAUACCAACUAUAGCUGUGUAAAGAACUUUCUAGAUUUCGGGCCAAAAGCUAGCUACUCAACGAGCUACUUAAAUCAAUAAUGUAUACGACUAAGAAACAAACGUGUAUUGGGAAACUUGUGGCAUUGUUGUUGGUGCUGGGUGGCGUUGGAAUGGCACUAUCUGCUGAGGUGGAUGUAGAAACUCGUCCACCGAAUGUUGUCCUCUUCAUAAUGGAUGACGUAGGGAUGGGAGACAUCGGUUGCUUUGGCAACCACACCAUCAAGACACCUAACAUUGACGGUCUUGCAAGGGAGGGAGCGAGGCUGACCCAACACAUGGCAUUUUCAAUGUGUACACCAAGUAGAGCUGCUCUAAUGACGGGACGACUGCCCGUAAGAUAUGGUUUUGGGUCGAAACAUCCGAUGAGGGUCUUUAUGUUCUCAUCAUCACAUGGAGGAUUGCCUUCAAAUGAAACUACAAUAGCUGAGUUACUGAAAGGAUCUGGUUAUGCUACUGCUCUUAUCGGUAAAUGGCAUCUUGGCAUUUCGUGUAAAGAGAACAAUUCUUGUUCAGAUCCCAAUUCUCAAGGGUUUGAUUACUUCUUUGGCCUUCCAGUCACCAAUUUUCGCGACUGUGGUACGGACAACAUCAUCCCUGUCUUGUGGGGCAUGAGCAAGAAAGUUACAUUGUCUGAGAUGUUGACUAAUCUUGCUAUCGCUUGUGUCUUUGCCUUCCUCCUUGUGGGGACGAAACUCAUUGGCCUUAGAGGUUUCAUCUUCUUCAUGGUUGUUGUUCUAGCAGGGAACAUUUUAAUGGCGUGCCGAGACGACAUUCGGUCCAACUGCGUUCUCAUGGAGAAUCAUUCCAUUGUGGAACAACCUCUUCUUCUAUAUGACCACCUCACAGAGCGACUACACACCCGUGCCAUUCAAUUCGUUGAGCAGAACCAAAACCAGCCGUUUCUCCUUGUCAUGUCAUUUGUGCAAGCUCAUACAGCACUGUUUAACAAUAAGGAGUUCCGUAACCAUAGCGUCCAUGGUUACUAUGGAGAUAAUAUUGAGGAGAUGGAUUGGAGUGUAGGGGAGGUGUUAAAGACACUCAAGAGACUAGGUUUGGAGGAGAAGACGUUUGUGUAUCUGACGUCAGAUAAUGGGGGUCAUGUUGAAGAGUUUACCGAUGCUGGGGAGCGACAAGGCGGCUGGAAUGGAGUCUAUAAAGGUGGAAAAACCAACACGUGGGAAGGAGGAAUCCGGGUGCCUGCCGUCGUGAAAUACCCCGGGCAUAUACCAUCAGACACCGUGGUAUCUCAACCUACACAUCUCCCGGACGUCUUGCCCACCGUAGCACGAGUCACUGGAGCCCAACUCCCAGAUGACCGGGUGUACGACGGCCGGGAUAUGAUGCCACUUUUGACACACGCUGACCAUGCAGAGAAACAAGAAAUAUUACACGAGUUUAUGUUUCACUACUGCGGGGGCUUUCUUAACGCGGCUAGAUAUACACCCAAAAACGGUGACACCACGUACAAGUUGCACUAUGCCUCAAGCCACCUGGUACCCGGCAUUCAUGGUGUCAUGGGAUGUUUCGACGUAUUCGCAUGCGAGUGUGAAGGGAACAGCGUCGAUCGUCACGAUCCACCCCUGGUCUACGACCUUUCAAAUGACCCCUCGGAGGUCAAUCCACUAGACAGCAAUGAUCCCAAAGUAAAGAAUGUUAUAAGAAAGGUCAACGAGGCAGUGGCAACUCACCGCAAAUCGCUCCCCCACAAUACUGACCAUCAGUUCACAGGCUCAAACUUAAUGUCACGCCCCUGGGAACGACCACGAUGUGGACGUUUUCCGCACUACUCAUGCACUGAUCCUUAUUUAGAUCAGUUGAAAAAGCUAAAAAGAGAAAUUUAGUCAAGAAAAACAGCUUUCAAAAUCGACUGUUUGGUGCAUAUUUUAAAGGUUUUAAAGAUUCUAAGAUUUGUCUUUGCCAGUUUGGUUUCAGUUUGAUUACAGGUCUGUUGAUACAAAAUAGGCUUAAAAUACUUUCUGGAAGGUGCACUGCCAUGUUCCACUGCAUGGUAAGGGGCACUUAUGAAGAGAAUGUUAAUUUGUAUUGGAACUUUGCAAAGGGUGCCACAGCAAAAGUACAGGGCACCACGGCAGUUGCAUGCUGUGGGCGCCAUGUGUUAUUUUGAGGUCUGAAUACACUUUAGGUUCGAGAAGUACGACCUAAUCUGUUGUUCUAAUUCAACGUGAUAAAUUGAGGCAUUCCUUGCUCUCUGAAAAUAACAUUACUAACGACUUGGUUUAUUUGAAAAAUUGUGUAUAACCCUUCAUUCGAUUCAGUAUGCUACAUACAGUGACAUCUCUGUAUUAAGGUACAGUGUUGCUCAAAAUGGUACGCUCGGUAUCGGUCAUUUUGAAACAAUAAACGGUGGUCGUUAAAUGGCAGUCGUUAAAAAAUUAAUAGUUGUUAAUUAAUUAAUAAUGAGUAUCUGUGUCAUAUCAAUGAUUCUUAAGAUUCAUUGUGUUUUCCCCCGUUAAUUUUAUUACAUAAUCGCUUAAGAGGUAGACCUGGAGAAAAAGUUUGCAAUGACUUUUGGGGAGAAAGACUUUUGUUGUUUGUCUGCUUUUAGGUUGUCGUAUAAAUGUUGUCAUCUUAGCUGAUAGUCUCCCCGCCCAUUAUCUUGCAGAAGUCCCCGGUCGUGUCUUCGCCCUUCGGAUAGUCUUAUUUAAGUAUAGAUUCGCUCAUAAAAUAAUGUACAUUAUUAUCUAACUUGACUAUUGUACUUGUUAUUAAAGACAUGGACACUAUACUGGUAAUUACUCAAAAUAACUGUUAGCAUUACAAACUUACUUGUUGGUAACGAACAAUGGAGAGCUGGUGAUAGUAUAGCACAUUGUGAGGAUUCCUCCUCCUAAAGAAGGCAUCUGAAAUCACUUUUAACAUUUUGCAUGCAAAACGAGUGGGUUUUUUUUCUGACAGUAUUCUCUUGCUACUUCAACCACCCAACAAUCUUGCUAUUGUGUGUGUAAUGGUGGGUUUCACCAAGUUUGAGGACUGUCUUUGACAAUUCAAUUAGCACAGGUGAGCCCACUGCCUAUAAAUCUAAUCGAUAUGUUGAAGUGAUUGAUAUAGUAAUUCACCAUUAAAUUAUUUCGACUCUCUGUUCGGGUUUUUUUCAGUGUCACAUUAUUCAAUUUCUUUGGUGCAUCUGAAAAUAUUCGGCUUUUUCAGAUACCUGUAUUAACAGAUAGUUCAGAGAUUGUUGACAUAACUGUAUCAGCGCUCUCGACUCGUGGUCUUUGUCGUUCGGGUGCGACACAUCGAGUUCUUAAAUUUCAAUUAGUAAUGGUGUUCCUCUGGUAGAUACAAAU